CAAGGCGGUACGUGACGCGUCACGGCGCUUACGUGCAGUCGGGACGUUCAGUCUCGCGUGAUGAGACUUGUGGCGUUGGGAUUUCUGUGAGACAGGAGGCUGGGAGGUUGCAGUUAACAGUUUUGCGGGAGGUUCUACUUUUGCUUGGAUCUGCUGCCUGUCCUCCACCUGCCCAGUGAUUGUCCAGAUCCUUCCUCCAUCCUCUGGAGCCCUUCCUCUUUUUACUUUCUAGGACAUGGCCGGUAGAGGAGCUGCAAGGCCAAACGGUCAGUCGCAAGCCAGUAAAAUAUGCCAAUUCAAAUUGGUGCUGCUGGGUGAAUCGGCAGUAGGAAAGUCGAGCCUGGUAUUGCGUUUCGUGAAGGGGCAAUUUCAUGAGUUUCAGGAAAGUACCAUUGGUGCGGCAUUUCUCACACAGUCUGUCUGCCUGGAUGACACAACUGUAAAAUUUGAAAUCUGGGAUACAGCAGGACAAGAGCGAUACCACAGCUUGGCACCCAUGUAUUACCGGGGAGCACAGGCUGCCAUUGUGGUAUAUGAUAUCACAAACCAGGAAACAUUUGCCAGAGCCAAGACAUGGGUAAAAGAGUUACAGAGGCAAGCCAGUCCUAACAUUGUGAUAGCUUUGUCAGGGAACAAGGCUGACCUCACUAGUAAACGGAUGGUGGAGUAUGAAGAAGCCCAAGCAUAUGCAGAUGACAACAGCCUGCUCUUUAUGGAAACCUCUGCCAAAACCGCUAUGAACGUCAAUGAUCUGUUUCUUGCAAUAGCUAAGAAGCUGCCAAAAACCGAACCUCAGAACACUAGUGGUGCACCUGGCAGGAGCAGGGGUGUGGAUCUUCAUGAGCAGACCCAGCAGAACAAGAGCCAGUGCUGCAGCAACUGAUAGAUUAAAGAGCAGGGGAACCAAGAUAAGAUUAAAACCUCUAUUCCUACACCUGCCCUUAUAUGCUCCAGAAUUACUACUAAGCUCCUUUUCAGCACCUCACUCUUGCCAGGACAUAACACUUCUGCACUCUUGCUUUCCUACUCACCAUCGGAUAACAGCACAAAACAAGCCAAUGUGCUUUUGAAACCUAACCAACCACCUCCCACACCACCACCGCCCUCUGAGAGCUCCCUGCUAACUGCACUAUUGGGUAUAUUGCUUUGUUUAAAAUAAAAAGAAACCGCUUCCAACAAAACACACAGACUACUCUUGGUUAAGAAGCGAAGGAUCAUCUGUUGACUACACCUCCUGAAAAGAGCAAAAAGGAGAAAAAUACAAAGCAGCAAACACUUACUACUCACUUACUACAGAUGCAUAUAGUGACUUUGGUAUUGAUCUUUGGUUUGAUUUAAGCCUUUGUUUUUUUUUCUACCAUUUUUUCUGCCUUUUCUCCAUUUCUCCUUAUUUUGCAGGACUAAGCUAUUUUACUUGUCCAUCAGAUCUUCAGUCAUAAGCGGAGCUUCAUGCUUUGAGAUCAGAAGAUACAAAGUGUAAACAUAUAGAUAUAUACUUUUUCCUUUUUUUUGCUGCAGAGCUACCCAGCUACCAAUGUCUGUUAUUUGUGUGUCUGGACUUUGACUGCUGGUAAAUCAUCCAUUGACUAUGAACUUUUACUGCUUUGGCCGAAAAACAUCAAGAGCAAUUGAAUAAAUAUUGUGAAUUUUGUUUGAAGAAUUUUAAAGGGGUGGUUCAUAUCUGCGUUAACUUUUAGUGUUCUAAAGAAUGGCUAAUUCUAAGAGACUUUUCAAUUUACCUUCAUUUUUUUCAUUUUUAAAGUUUUUGAGUUUUGUCUUCUUCUCCUGGCUCUUUCCAGCUUUAAAAUGGGGGUCACUGACCCCAACAUCUAAAAAAGACAAAUGCUCUAUAAGACUAUAUUUUUAUUACUCAUCUUUGGAUUCAGGCUCUAUCCUAUACAUGUUCCAGUCUCUCAUACAAAUCAGUGCCUGGUUGCUAGGGUAAUUUGGACGCUAUCAAACAGAUAACUGCUGAAUAUCAAAUUGGAGAGCUACUCAAGAAAAUGAGAAAUAACUCAAACCACAAAUUAUAAAAAAUGAAACCCAAUUGCAAAUUGUCUCAGAAUAUCACUCUACAGAAUGCUAAAAGUUAAGGAAAACAACCCCUUUAAAUGAACCGUUGCCUGUGAGGUUUCUGAUCAUGUUAAACAGUGGAGAAAGUGAGCCACUUGGCACUGAAGGGGAAUUUGUUGUGAGCACAGUGCUUUCCAGGCUCCUGACCCUUUGUCACUAAUAAGCCAAUAGUUACCUAUUUGUUCUGUAAAGCACAUGAGUAGGUUUGUGGGACCUUUUGAAAACAAAAUCUUUGAUCAGAAACAUGCAGUAUAUUAAUGCUUCUUUGUACACUCCAAACAUGGGUCUCCCCAGUGUAAAUGGCAUGUGUAUUUACAGUGACAGUAAAAUAAAAGCAACACUAGAUUCUUCACAUACAAUUACCCCUAGAUUGUACUUUGAAUCUACUUGUAAUAUUGUUGAGGUAUAUACACCAAAUUACAAUAUGUUUUUGUACUCUUUUUUGUUUUGCUUACCGUCGACCAGGCUCUUUCUCUGUUCAGUCAUAGCUUCCUUGCUAUUGUGCAAGUUGUGUAAUGCGGUGGGGGGAUUUUACCGGGCUCUGUUUGUGUCUUACAGGAGACAUGGCUGUGUUCUCACAUGAACCAUAAAACUAACAGCUUUACUAUGGGGAAAACCCAGAGCUGCCAGUGCUUUAUAGGUGCCAGUGUAUGCCUUUUUUUUUUUUUUUCCCUCUUAAAACAAAAAAUAUUUUCUCUGCACUAGAGUGUUUUCUCUGUUAUGAUAAAGCAGAUAUGUCCAACCUGUGGCCUUCCAACUGUUAAACUACAACUCUCAACCUUUGACUAGAGGACUGCAGUUUUGACAACUGGUUCUAACGCUAAAGAGUUUUUUUUGGUUGGAAGUUUUGGAGGUCUUUUGGCACGGAUACAGUACAUUUCUUGGGACUGCUCUUUUGUAUAUAAAGGUGGAGUUAAAUUGUGCCUUCAUCUGAGGGAUACAAUUGUUACAUGGUACAGUUGCAUGAGGUUGAAACUGGAAAAAGCUUUAUUAGUACAACCUGAACUGCAGUGCCAUAAAGUAGUAACUUUUACGUGUAUCAGAAGAUAAGGAAAUAUCUUUUCAGUUAGUUUUAAACCCAGUCUACAAUCCGAUGGAUGCCAUGUUCUCAUUAUAUUCUCCCUUGUACCAUGUGAUUACAUGUACACAUUGCAAAAGGCUAUAUUCAGCAGUGUACGUUAGUUCAUGGGUGAAUAAUGCAUCUGCUAUCAGUGGAGAUGUUUAAAUUCUGAUAUAUAACUUUAAAACUGCACAGUCCAGACUGCUGCCACCCCUAUUCAUAAUAUUAGUAGCCUUCACGUUUCACCAAUAUUUGGAUUGCCUUUUUGCUCAUUCAAGACUGUUCUCCAAACCCUAAAUCUCUUGACUGUUUACUGAACCUUUUAGGUGAUUCUACCUGAUGGCAAUGAAUCUUUCCAGGCCACCAAGUACCAAAUCUUGGCUCGAGCCUUUUUCUCUAGACUGUCCUAUGCAGCAGGUGUCAUGGCAGGCAUGUGCCUCUGCGUGUGUGAUAAGUGUUC